GCCGGCUUUAGCAGCUCAGCAGCACUCCAAACAAAAAUAUAUUAUCCACAAAUAAAUUUACACAUUUUGAGCUGCAAACAACAACAAAAUAUAAAUUGUGUGCGCAAUUGAAACACAUAAUUCGGUGUUGUGGCAUUUUAAAUGGUAUCGCCGCGCAAAUCUGCAUCCGCAGUAAGUAGUGAAGCUCGCUGGGAUAACAACAUGUCUUUACCGGCCAAAAGUUGUGAAAGUCUGUUCUCGGGUAGCUCUCGCGAAUCCGCCAGUCAAAUCUAUCAACGCAAGCCGCCACAACGUGGCAUGAAACAAGGCGGUGGCAUGCGUCAGCCAGGCAUGGUGCCCAGCAACACGAACAGCGACAUCCAUCAGCGUGUGAUGUCCGCACGCAACUUGCGCGUCAAGACCUUUCAGAAUCAACUGACCGAUGCACAGGCUGAGAUUGCCAAUUUAGCCCAUGAGAAUCGCAUGUUGCGCACUAUGCACAAGCGUCAAUCAACAGCCUUGAAUAAAUACGAAUCGACUGGAGCAGAGUUGCCUCAAUUGCUGCACUCGCAUGCGGAAGAGUUGCGUGUGUGGCAGACAAAGUAUCGCAAUGUUCAAGCGACCAACAAGGAACUGGAAGCAAAGCUCAAGCAGAAGGAGGCGCAAAUACUUUCGCUUAGCGAUCAAAAUCGUCACUUUAGUCAGCUCAUCAAGGACAAAAAUCUGGAUGAGCGCCAAAAGCUGCAGGAUCGUUUGCGCAUCUUGGAGCAGCGUCUGCAGGAAAAGGAUAACGACAUGAAGCUCAUGUCACGCAAGGUGCAAUUGGAGUCGAAGAAUUGUCGCCAGCAGCUGCUCAACGAACAAAAGAAAACCAAGGAAGUGCUGCUCAAGCUGGAGAAAGCCAGGCUUGAGAUUAGCGGCUAUCGCAAGCUGGAGGAGUUCUCAAUUGACAAGGCCAAUCCCUUGACCUCCGGUCGCCGCACCAAGUUGAAUGCAGUUGAAGAAACCGACAAGAUUGACAAGCUGGAGAAAUCCUUGGAGCUGCUAGACAAAGCCAUUGAGAAGAACAACCAAAGCGAGUUUAAUGCUUUAACCGAUGUCCUCGAAACUGACUCCAACUUUGACUUUGACAAAGACGAUGCCGAUGAGGAGAAGCAUGUCUCAUCCUCCUCACCCUCUAGCGAUGCUGUGUUGGAUAAGGACAAAAUGAAACGUGGCAAAUUGACGCUGCCACCGGCUCCCAUUCCUCCCAAGCCAGUCGGCAACAACAGCUCAGCAUCACGUCCAUCGCUCAGCCAGAUGUUAAAUCAAAACAAGACAAAGCCAGUGGCUGCUCGUCUGCGCAGCGGCGCUUCAGUAAAUGGCAGCGUCUCCACGUUGGCCAGCAGCAAUGUGCGAAGCAGUGUAGCUGGAGUAGCAGCAGUUGGCAAACGACGAGAUGGAGCAGGAGGCGAUGGCAUGCCCAAGCUGGCCACAGUUGAGGGCAAGCUCAACAAACUGCAGACGAUGACAAAACCCUUGGAAUUUGAUUAUGACGAAGAUUCUGAUCAUGUGGACGAUGAUGAAGAUGCUGAUGAUGAUGAGGAGUCGGCGUUGAUCACAAAAAUGUGCCAUGGUGCCGAGGAAGAUGAAGAGCCAAGCGAUGAUGUCGAUGAAAUCAAUCCCAAUGAGGAUGGCCCUGUUAAUUAUGCCGCUUAUUUGGACACCAAAUGUGAAUUAUCCGAAAUGCUGGAAAUGGAGGAACCCGAUGAGGACGAUGAAUUCGACGACAGUGGCGAUCAGUCGUCGCCUAAGCUAGUUAUCGAUGACUUGAAGAUGAAUUCGCGUCAGGGGGCGAACAUGAAGGAGAACAUGUCGAAUAUACGUAAACUCAUCUCCGAAGACUAUAAGGAACGCGAGAACUUCUUGGACAUUCACUGUCGCCCCGCCUCGGGUAACAAUAACAUCACUAAACCAAUGCGUGAGGACCCCGCUAAGAAGAAGCGCAACAACAUCAUUCCAUCUGGCGCAGUCAUUGCACCGGGAGCCAUGCCCGCAAGUCGCAAGCAUGCGUUGCUGGCGGCGCUCAAGGUUAUCGAUGACAACAAGGACGAGGAUUAGCCGCGUCGCUUUUACACCCACGUUUAGAGUUUAGACCAUAAGCUGCGUUAAGUUAUAUUUUUUAAUUGAUUUCGAAAGUAAAAACUGCUCCGUGUGCCACAAGCCGAUGCAGCUGUGCAACAAGCGCUGGACAAAGGGCUGUCCGCACAUUUAUGGAUGACAUUCCCAUGCCAUGACGGUAUUUUGUCCAGUGAUUGUUGCAACUGCAACGGUCAAAGGCCCGCUAAUUAAGGCGAA